CACGAUUCUUAAAACUCAUUUGGUAGCAUCGCUAAUGGAUGUACAGCAGAGCUUUCCGUGAGAGUCAACUAUACAUAUAGGCUCCAACUUGAUGGAAUAAACUCAGUUACCUCACACGCUGUCCCAUCGAAAAAGAGACACUUGAGGAUUAUUUGACGCGCUAAAUCUUACCACGAGGGCCCGCGCAAGGCUUGUCACUAUAAGACGAGUUUAUCAUUCAUUCAACCGGAGAUCGCCUCGUAAGUGCUUCGUCGAAAUCCCACUGAUGAGGCCAAGACUAGCAAAUGUUGGAGAGGCGUUCCACGCGUUGUCGUCAGUUGCGUUUAAGUUGAUCUUGCAGUCAGUUCGCUCUGUGGAUUCUCGACGCGAAAAGCCCGACGUGUCUCUCUUGGGUGAGAAACUGAGAAGAACUUAAUUUAAAAAAAAAAUGAAUUUUAGGGAAUAAAAAAAAAAUAAAACUACAAGCCACAAGCCUAUAAGUGGUAGUGGAACGUGUAGGGAGUGUGCCUAUAUGGUUUUUAAGUGGUGAGUGGAGGUUGGAAAAUUUCUGCGAGACAUGCCAGUAAAAUUGCCCAACAACCCAUAUUCGUAAAUGUGUUUUUCGUGUUAUACCCAGAGAGUUUGAAGAGGAGACUCUCGUCAAUUGAAACUUCAUUCCCAAUUUGACCUUAGAAGUGAAUAGCCACGGUACACUAUCUUCCUUCUCCAAGAAGCCAUUUUCUUCUUCGAUACUACUUAACAAUCGCAACGUUUCCUCUCGCCACAUUAGAAUGUAAAUGAACAAGAAUUGUAGGGUAACGAAUUCUUAUUCUUAGACAUUAUUGUGAAUUAUAAGAAAAGUUUUUUUUUUUCAAGUGACUUGUAAGAUGCUUUAGAGACAGGGUGUGUUUAAUUUUGUGUGCUGUGCUUAUUGAUCAUAAAAUAAAACUUUAUUGAAAAAUAUAGAGAGCUUAAAGUGAUUUGUGUGGAGAAAAAUGCAGAAAAUGUUGCUCUCGACUUGUUUUCUUUUGGUAUCAACUUUGGUGCAUUUUGGAGUAACGUCCGUCCCACUCAAGGGUACAGAACCAGCAACGAUAUCUGAAUGUGCUGCAAAGGGUGGGGAGUGCAAUGAGAGCAGAGGACGACCGGUAUGUGGCACAGACAAUCAAACCUACCCAACACGAUGUCAUUUAAUCAGAGCUCAGUGCAGUGGUCAUCAAGUUAGUCUCAAACAUCGAGGAAAAUGCAAAAAUGAAUGCGCAGUAUCGCGGAAUUAUGCUCUGGCCCACAGAUCUGUUCUCAAAUUUGUACCACGGUGUCGAGCAGAUGGUACAUAUGCGGCUGUUCAGUGUCUAGAAGAUGACUGCUGGUGUGUCACGCCACAAGGGAAGCCCAUCCGCAAUACCACUGUGAAGGGUGUGAAACCUGUGUGUGCGAGACCGGCGAAAGUGAAUACAAGGCGAUCGCCGGAUAUUCAUUUGCGCAUGAAGAAGCCUUGCUCGAAGACGGACAAAGCGCAAUUCAAUGCGAAUCUCGUGAAAAUGUUCCACAAUGAAUUUUCACGCUACAAUAAAGCUCAUCAAAAACCAGAAGAACGUGUAUCUGAUCAAAUGAUUUUGGAAUGGAAAUUCGUUGCUUUGGAUCGCAAUGGGAAUUCCAUUUUGGAUAAAAAUGAAUUUCGCGAAUUUAAGAAGUUGGUGAAGAAGAUCGUCAAACCGAAAAGAUGUGCGCGAGUUUUUGGUAAAUUCUGCGAUGAGGACAACGAUGAGAAGCUCUCAAACAGCGAAUGGACCUACUGCUUCACGAAAGAUACCUCGAAUUCUGCCAGUGGCCAUGGUGGCCCUGCCAUAGUUGGAGCUCCGGAAGAUUCCAUGGAGGUGGACGAGGAUGCAGAUGAUUACUACGAGGAUGAAUUUUCGGAUUCAAUCAAUGCCCUUAUUGGUGUCACCGACAGCCGCCAGUUCCCCAUGAACAAGAAGCCUGGCUUCUUGCUUCAAGGUAAGACGACUUUACAAUUGUCUGGAGAUGGUGAGGCUUUGGGAAGAGAAGGAAAUGAUGGGGAGUCGGAUUGUUUAGCUGACAGAGCUGCUGCAUUGGAUGAGCAGAAGUCUGGAACGACGGCUCUUUACGUACCUGAAUGCACUCCAGAUGGACGGUAUCAGCGUGUCCAGUGCUACCGAUCCACCGGCUAUUGUUGGUGCGUUCAUGAGGAUACUGGAAAAAACAUCCCUGGAACUUCGACAAAGGAUAAGAAGCCGCAAUGCGAUACAAUUUACUCACCAACACGACCCAUGAAGGGAUGUCCCGAAGGGAAGAAAUUGGACUUUCUCAAGGAACUAAAAUCCUACUUAAAGGAUCAGUUAAUUAUAAGUGCCAACAGCCCCACGAAUACGACAAAGUGGAAUACGGAAGAUGAAAAAUUGGCCACACUUAGCUUUGUGAUUCUUGACAAAAAUAAGAACAAAGUAUGGGAACGGAGAGAAUGGAAGACUUUUCGGGAGUUGGUGAUGCCGAUAAAAUCACUGAGGAAAUGCGGUAAGAAGCUUCCGCGGUACUGCGAUGUGAACAAUGAUCGUGAAAUUACUUUGUCCGAGUGGUUGAACUGCCUACAAACUACAAGAUCAUCAAGUAAUGCUGGAAAAAGUAGCACAAAUGAAUUAAAACCACAACAGACAAAGUUCCGAGGGCCAAAUCCACUAGAAUCCUACUUGAAGAGUGACUAAGAAUCUCUACAAAACUCAUCUUUUGCACUAUUUAUAAAUUCUCAGUGCCAUUUUUAUAUUAUUAACAUAAACGAAGAAAACCAGUGAUUUGUAAUUUUUUGCGCAAUUUUUGUAUACAAAUUGAUCUGCAUUACUACUCGAAAAAUCUCAUUUUUUUGUAUUACGCAAAAUGCAAUGUUGUCAGGUAUAAAAGAGAGAAUUAUGUGUGCCAAUAAUAUUUUUGUUUAUUUAUAAGUUUUUCUCAAAUACAUUUCAACUAGUUUUUGUCAUAAAAUUGCAAAAAUUAGACUCAUGUUCUGUUUUACAUAUAUGUUUUUUCACAUUUUCUUUCUUAUAUUCUAAAAAAAAUAAAUACAAAAAAGAAAGAAGGAAAAGUAAUUCACACUUUAGCAAAGGUGCAAGAAAAAAGUGUGUGUGAUAAAAGUGAUAAAGUAUUAUCAAUUUUUAUAGUACAUUAUGUAUUUUAAUAUUGCAAAAAGAAAUGGUAAGAAAACAAUCGAUUAUUGUAACAAUAAUUGUAAUUAUUGUAACAACAAUUAUUGUAAUCAUAUACAAUCAAUGUAAUAAAAAUAGAUGGACUUCAA